UUCCCAACGGUCCCUUCGCCUUCGAUCAGUCUCCCAUUCUCGCACGGAGUCCCUGCCGCGGUAUCGAUGUCGCCCCGAUCGACCCCCUAGUUUCCCAGUUUAUUUACAAAGCCCGUCCGACGGAAUGCCAGGCCACCCCUGCUGAGCCCGCCGUCGCAACCCCCCGAGAACGUAAGAUGCUGAUAUCAUGAGUAGAGGCGUAGAGGGAGGAGGGGAUAUCCCCACGAUCUUUAACCCGCACCGAGUGAGAGCACCGCCUAAUCUUGUAGUUACAGGGACCGCCUCCAACGGUCCCUUUUCGCCAGCACUCACUCACUCAGAUUCAGUGUCCGGCAGUCAGAAUAAAGACUCCCUUCCAGAUGAAUCAAGACGUGGAGGUGCCGGGGAAAAGCUGAAAAGCUGUAGAAACUCAUGUUGUUCAAAAUCUGCCAAAAAGAUAUAUUUUGGAGUAUGUGUCACAGUAUGCGUGACAGCCUCAUGGGUGGGCUCAACUCACUCUUUCAAGUACCUUUAUUACAUCGGAAACAAAACACAUCACCAUUACAACCCACAUAGCAAUUUUUCAUCCACACAUCAAUCAAAACUAGUUCAUUUUGACGCUCCAUUUUUUACUACAUGGUUCUGUACAGCAUGGACCACACUAUUUUUCCCAAUUUAUUUCAUAUACCAAUUAACUGUAAACAAAUGUACGUCCACGCCAGAACUCAUUCGAGAAAGCUUCCAAAAUUUUAGAGACAAAGGAUUCACAACAGCUAGGUUCCUCACAAGAUGCAGUUUAUUCUGCAUGCUAUGGGUCGGCACGAGUUACAUGUUUGUUUAUUCAUUGCGGAUAUUACUGGCAACAGAGGUGAUGGCCCUUUUUGCAACCAACGUGUCUUGUGUCUACCUCUUAUCGUGGGUAAUUUUACACCAACAGUUUGUCGGAGUCCGGAUCGUUGCUGUGAUUUUAUGCGAUACUGGCGUGGCUUUGUUGGCGUACAUGGACGGCAUCACUGACAGUCCAACUUUAGGAGGCGUCGUUUUAGCUGCAUCUUCAGCCGCUGGAUCAGCAGUUUACAAAGUGCUUUUUAAGAAGGUCAUAGGAAAUGCCAGUUACGGACAAAUAGCGCUCUUCUUUUCUGUGAUCGGCCUAAUAAACGCAGCUCUACUGUGGCCUCUUUGCCUGGCGCUUUACUUCACUGGCGUCGAAGUAAUCCACUGGGAUCAAAUACCGUGGCCUGCGUUACUUUCCGCAAGCAUACUAUCUCUUGUUGCAAAUUUGCUCGGUAACUUCUGCGUUGCUGUGACCUACGACCUUUUCAUCACUCUAGGACUAAUAACUGCAGUUCCUGUGUCAGCCGCUCUAGAUGUUGUUCUAUACGGCGCAGAUUUCAAAGGCAUGAAACUAGCGGGAAUAAUUUUAAUAUCAAUAGGAUUCUUCUUGGUCAUGUUCCCCAACAACUGGCCGGAUUACAUCACUCGAGUGCUCAGAAACAUCAUUUUACUAACGCACAGUGCGCGGUGGAGUCGGAAUAGACGAAACGCUCAGUCGGCGCAUACGAGAACGGACAUCGACUACCGGACCGGCUACAUCAGGUCCCAUCUCCGGUCACCUUCCGGUAGAGUGAGGUGACUCCUUUCGGUCGGGUGUUGCGCAUUUUAACUUACGGAUAUUCAUAGAGGCCAAUGAUAAACGUUUACGGAUAGAAUAAUCAUAAGGACAUAUCUAGCUUUAAUUUUCCCUCGGUGUUACAUUAUCCUUUCUUUUCUUUCUUCGAUUUUGAGAAAAAAGCUGACGACUGGAACCAUUGCGGUUGCAGAAUAGAUCGUAUUCGAUACAUCAAACGGGUGAGAUUGUAUCGAUAUCGAUUGGUUCAAAACAUUAAUAUAUCAAAAGUCAAUUGAGUAAUCUGACGGAAGGGGGUUUUUUGUGAUCGAUUUUCAUUUCGUAUGAGCACUGAUUGGCCAAGAGAAGUAAAAUUGCCACGAAAUCUCUCGUUUUCAGCUUUUCUGACAAAUAUCUUAUUGUUUUGAACCAAACGAUACAUCGAACCACUAUCGAAUACGAUCCAUUGAAAGAGAGUGGACCUUUGGGCAAUGUAUGAAUUAAAACAAGUCGCAACAUGCUCUUUUCAACAUUUUACUGGGAAAAUGAGUCACACAUCGGAAACUCCUGAAAUCGACGUAUGAAGUGGAUAUGAGGGUUCACGAUUAUUAACAUUGAUUAGAUGACAAAAAUACAAAUUUAAUGCGUGACGCAAAAACGAAGCAAGUCACAGGAACCAUUUCGAAAUUUCAUCGAACAAUUUUAUUUUUUACUUGAGAACGAUUGUGCAUGGAUUUUUUUGAAAAUGCACACCUCUCCUCUUCAGUAAAAAUUUCAGAGGAUUUCCUUCAUACCACAGAAAAAAAUCCCGUGGAAUUUUCCGAAGAAUUUACAUAACAGUUCUAAUGUAUAAAAAAAAAAAAUUAAAAAAACAUAUCAUUCAAUGAAAUUUGGCAAUGCCUGGUGUGAACUGGUUCCUUUCUGUUUAGUGUGGUCCAGAUGAAGUUAUUUGGGCGUAGGUAUCUAACUUCCAUUUGAUGUCUGUUGAAAAUACUUGAUCGUAUCUCGUGCAGGGGUUAAUUUCUAACAUCACAUUGGAUGAAUUGUUCCUGCGUUAUCUUUUGAAGAGAGAGCAUGUAACGCUUUUUCCUGAUUCAAGCCUUGUCUAGCGGUCCUUAUGUCGAGUCGUUGUCGCAGGUAACACAGGCGUACCUAUGUGCCACCUCACUCUUUUCCAAUUAUGGUGGAUUGAAGAAAAUCCAAAAAUCAUAAUAUAAUUCUCAGCUAUAGGUAAACGAAGAUAAAGUUUCAUCUGCGGCUACUUUAAGACAAAAAAGAUGUGAAAGAAUCAGCCUCCAGCCUUCCGUAAAACACAGAGGCAUUAGGACACAUUAUACUAAGGUUCUCCAUGGAUGCAAAUAUCUUUUCAAAUUGAGUGUUAUCAUUCAAAUGCAGUUUUCGUAUUCCUGUACACUCAGAGCUAUGCUUCACACCCAAACUCGUUAAAAGAGUUUUCUUUAAAUGUUUGUAUACAAGUAACAUUCCGAUGAAAAAAGAGCGAUGAAUCUGAUUUAUUUUAGAGGCGUACUUUCAUAACGAAUUGGGGAGAGUCAAGUAAACUAAAUUGUUAUGUGUACAACGAUUUGAUAGUUUAUUUUAAGAGCAAUUAGUUCAAUUUGUUAUUUACUUAUACGUAUUUAAUUAUUUUAUGUGUACUUUUCGUCGACACUUUCGUACCUACUACUGACCUUAACUAAUUUCGUUACCAAAAGAUGUGUAGAUGUUUUCUACUUUCCCUAUUUUGAUUCCUUUUAUGAAUGUUCAUUUUACUGCAAAAUAGUUUUAAUUCUGACGUUUUGUCUCCUUUUUCUACAAGUGGCUCGAAUGCCUUGUAGCCGAUCAAAAAAUGCGUGAGGGAUUAUGUCACAGAAUACAACUUUGUCAUACUUAGGUAUAUUGAAAAAAUUGCAGAGGAAGGUCACAGAGAACCUUAAAGAAUGGUAAGGAGUUUUUAGUAUUAUGGUGCAAUUUCCAAAACCCAUAUCUCGAUAGCGUCUUAUUAAAAUUUCCAUGCAGACGUUACAUUUUAAAAAUAGGACCUAAUUUCAUUAUUCGGAAAAAUUUUGCUGAAGGAUUUUGACAAGAAAUGGACGGGGUAACUCGCCUUUUACGAAGGGCCAAUUAUGUCUCUCUUUGUUGGGGAAAAUAUACUUGAAAAAUCAAAUGAACGAAUUAUUAAAAAGAAAUUCUAUUUUCAUUCCUUUAAAAAAACAACCAAAAUGUACAACAAAUUUGGAAGUAUUACGCUGUAAGGAACGUGUCCACGGUUGUUCCUUAAACUUCAAGACUUCCUUUAACCAUUUUAUUUUUGAAGAUCUAAAAAGGCCUCGAAGUUAAAAAGAUGAAAGUAAAUACGGCUCUAAGAGUAAAGGCUUAGUUCAAGGUCCUUCUUCUAAAUCCUGGGUUCCAUAGGCGUGAUCCGCUGAAGUUCUAAAAAUCUAUUCGAAAAUUCAAUUAGAAAAGGUUAAUCAAAGGCGUUGCCUUCAAAUUGGACGCAUUUCUGCCAAACGGAACUAUGUGCAUUGUGACGCGAGACCUGUAAUGUUAUGGGUCUCAGGGAUCAUGUCUUAAUGCACAUAGUUCCGUUUGAUAGAAAUCUGUCCAAUUGUACAUAGAAAAAAACCAUGACGCACCAAGAUGUGUGAAUGAUUAUCUUCUUAGUUUGAAUAUUUUCAUCAAGUAAUCUCUGCGUCGCAGGUGGCUCAGUGUCUCUCUGGCAAAUGAAGUAACAAACGGUGUAAGAAACAUUAUGAUGGACAUUGAGAAAUGCGGUUUUUCAAUUUCAGCAUCGAUAAACAUCGAUAGUUCGAAGCCGAAGCUUCUGCCUACUGCGGUAACGAUUUUCGUCCAAGUUACAAAACUAAAAACACUGUUUUUACCGAUAGGCCAAGUAGGUAAAUAUAUAAGCUGUGAUAAUUAUUUUUUAAUAUCUUUUUUGUGCAACCAUAAUUAAACUGAAAAAGUAGAAACCCUUAUAAUAACCUGACGUCCUAACCAAGGGUAACUUUUCAAUAUUUCAUUUACUAACCAGUUUUUAAAUGUUUUUGGAAAACAGUAAAACUUUUUCUGCACUUGCAAUGAUGAAUUAUUAUUAUUAAUAUUGUAGAUUUUGUACAAAUUAGUGCAUCUCCACUUGAUUCAGUCACCAACACCUUCAAUUUUUUAGACAAUUUACCUUUUGUCUUUUGAAAUGAUAACCAGAAUUUUCUGUUUCUUCAGUGAUGAAUCAUUUGAAUUUUAGAUUUUGUACAUGUCACAUCAUCUAUCUUGAGCUGGUCACAAGAAAACCUUAUGUACUUUUUUGGAAAAUAUUAAUUUGUAAAAAUUUUAAAGGCACUUGAACCUUUCCAAACUCUUAGGAUUAUUUUAAGGGCGAUUGUCAAGUUUGUUCAUCCCUUCAACAAACUCUUGAUAUUUUCUCUCCCAUUGUCUCAACUUUGAAAUUAAGAUUUCAGAAAAAUGUAAAAAAUAAUACACAGACAAAUGUCCAUUGACUUUCAUUUAACUUUGCUGGAGAGUUCUUUUCCAGUAUGGAUUCGAUGAGAGUGUUUCUAGAUUUUCUGUCAAAUAAUUUCUUUGUCGUCUAACAUUUCCCUCAGUGAGGUCUGAUAUUAGACUCUGUAAAAUUUUAAGUGAGUUUUUUUCUAAUUUAGAGUGAUAUCAAUGGAGAUAUUGGAUUGAAAUACCUCUGUGAAAGAAAAAUCAAUAAAGAAAUUUGUUAAAAUCUG